GCGCCGCCACCGCCGCUGCCGCCACCGCCGCCGUCACUCUGGUCCGUGGCGCGCAAGGUACGGCGGAGGAAAAGCCAGUUUGUCGCGAGCCAACGGAGCGCGCGGCGGCCACGUGCGCACCAGGCGAGAGGGCGCGGACCCGGCUAAUCUGGCGGACAGCUCCGCAACUCGGCAAGCGUGCGACCACCACCACCACCACCGCCAACAUCGCCACCAGCAGUCGCAGCCGCCCGCCCGUCGCAAAUCGUCCAUCGUUUCAGACGCAGCAGCAGCAGCAGCAGCAGCAGCAGCAGCAGCAGCGGCGGCGGCAGCGCGCACGAGCAGCAAGAGGCGGCGCGAGGAGAAGCUUGCGGCCAAGCGAUCGCCGACGCCGUCGGAGGAUCGCCGGCUGCCAUGUGCGUUCGAGGCUGGCGCGCCUGGAGCAGAGCCAGGCGUCGAGCGGCCGCUCAGUAAGGCCGAGCGCGCGCCGAUGGACGCCACGAUGAAGCUGGCGGCGGCGGCGCCGCGAGCCUGCCGGCUGCGCGACCGUCUCUGCCUCGGCCUCGCCGGCCUGGUCGUCGUUUUCACCCUCCUGCUCGUCAUGGACCUGCAGCUCGACCUCGGCUACAGCGGGCACCACCUGCUGCCGAGCCACGCCAGGAUCCGAGUGGCCGAGGACCCGCAGAGGGACACCGUCUACAACAAUUUCAGGCGCAAGUUCCUGCAGCGGGGCAACGCCUCGAGGGAGCUGGGCUCGGAGAGCAACGGCGCGACCGAGGGCGCCCCGGCCGCCGUCGCCGAGGUCUCGGGCAGGAGCAGCGAGCGCGCGGCCGCCACGACCGCGCAGCCGCGCGACCACUUCGCCGACCUGCAGCAGCUGCUCGACCGGGACGAUCUGUCGGCAAACGACGGCGUGGUCAGGCUCAGCGCCGAGGAGGACGUCGACAACCCCUCCAUCGCCGACGUCAAGAGACUCAAGCUCGCGAAGAACAGCACGAUCCUGGAGCGCUUCCACCUGCAGAUCCGCCGCCGCGAGCUGUACCCGCGCGGCUCCGGCCUCGUGGACGAGCUGACGAGCUUCAUGGCCACGCAGCCCAUCGUGCACGCCGCCGAGAAGUCGGGCGGCACGCAGCUCAAGCUCGUCAUGGACUACCCGAACAAGAUGCAGGCGCUGUUCAAGCCCAUGAGGUUUUCCAGGGAGCAGCAGACCCUGCCCAAUCACUUUUACUUCACGGACUACGAGAGACACAACGCCGAAAUUGCAGCGUUCCACUUGGAUAGGCUGCUGGACUUCCGGCGCUGCAUGCCGGUGACCGGCCGCCUGCUCAACAUGACCACGGAGAUCUACCAGGUGACGGACGGCGACAUCCUCAAGACCUUCUUCGUGAGCCCGGCCGGCAACCUGUGCUUCCACGGCAAGUGCACCUACUACUGCGACACCAGCCACGCGAUCUGCGGCUCGCCGGACAUGCUCGAGGGCAGCUUCGCCGCCUUCCUGCCCGACAAGAGCCAAGUGGCGAGGAAGGUCUGGCGGCACCCGUGGCGGCGCAGCUACCACAAGCGGCUCAAGGCGCAGUGGGAGACCGACUCGGACUACUGCAAUCUCGUGAAGGAGCUGCCCCCCUACAACGAGGGACGCAGGCUGCUCGACUUGAUGGACAUGUCGGUCUUCGACUUCCUCACCGGCAACAUGGACCGACACCACUACGAGACCUUCAAGCUCUUCGGCAACGACACCUUCACGCUGCACCUCGACAACGGACGCGGCUUCGGCAGGCCCUUCCACGACGAGAUCAGCUGCCUGUCGCCGCUGCUGCAGUGUUGCAUGAUCAGGCAGAGCACGCUCGCCACUCUGCUGAGGUAUCACAACGGCCCGGUGAGACUCAGCGCGGCGUUGCGCGAGAGCCUGUCGCGAGACCCGCUGGCGCCGAUACUCUGGGAGCCGCACCUGCAGGCGCUGGACCGCAGGAUUCCCGUCGUACUGCAGGCCGUGCGCGAGUGCAUCGACCACAGUUCGCACUGGAGCAGAGUCGUGCGGGACGAUAAGAGCGAGGCGAACGCCGCCGCAUCCGACUGAAUUCACACCGAAGCGCACCAAAGCUCAUCGAGAAACAAGCGAAAGCAGAAAGGCUGUCGUGCUUUUAUAUUUCUAUUAAUCAUUGUGAUCGAUCUGCGUGUAAAAUAUCGCACUGUACAUUUUCCUUUUCCCCGCCGUCUCGAGACUAAGCGUUGAUCUAUUUUUUAAGUGUCGGUUAUUCAUGUUUAAAUGUAAGAAAUGUGUACAAAGAUUAAACGUUCCUUGUCAAUGCUGCGA